CCCAUACGUAAAACUUUUAGCCUUUCUUUUUUUUCUUUUCAAAUUCUGGCGAGGAGGUCUCUGCAUCUCUACCUUCGUUCUCCGUCAACGCCGUAUCGUGCUUCUUCCUUCAAGGGUAGAAGAAACAGUUCAUUUGGCUGAGGCCGGAUUCGUGAAUAUAUAGAGAAAGAUGUUUGGUUCUUCUAAUCCUUUUGGACAGUCAUCUAACAGCAGUCCAUUUGGGACCCAAACGCAAUCUUUGUUUGGGCAGACCAAUAACACGAGCAAUAAUCCCUUUGCUGUGAAACCCUUUGGUACGUCUACUCCUUUUGGCGCACAGACAGGGAGUUCCAUGUUUGGGGGCACUUCAACCGGCGUAUUUGGUGCACCUCAAACUUCUUCUCCUUUUGGUGCUUCAUCACAAGCGUUUGGGAGCUCUACUCCUGCUUUUGGAGCAUCUUCUACUCCUGCAUUUGGUAAUUCAGCUUCACCUUUUGGGGGCGCUUCUACGUUUGGUCAGAAGACUUUUGGCCUCUCAACGCCUCAUUCAAGUCCUUUUGGAAACUCCACACAGCAGCCUGCCUUUGGAAACAGCUCUUUUGGUGCCUCAAACACGCCUGCCUUUGGUGCCUCUAGCUCGCCUGCUUUUGGCGCCUCAAACACUUCUGCGUUUGGCGCCUCAAACACUUCCGCGUUUGGAGCCACAAGCACGCCUGCCUUUGGCUCCGCAAACACACCUAAUUUUGGUGCCUCAAGUACACCUUCAUUCGGCGCCUCGAGCUCACCUGCAUUUGGCGCGUCACCUGCUCCAGCCUUUGGUAGCUCUGGCACUGCAUUUGGCAACAAUGCCUUCGGUACUGGAGGUGCUUUUGGUGCAUCCAGCACUCCUGCGUUUGGUGCAUCAAGCACUCCUACAUUUGGUGCGUCAAGCACUCCUUCGUUUGGGGCAUCAAAUACUCCUGCCUUUGGGGCAUCAAGUACCCCAUCUUUUAGUUUUGGCUCUUCCCCAGCGUUUGGACAGUCUACCUCAGCAUUUGGUAGCAGUGGCUUUGGUUCUACACAGUCUCCCUUUGGAGCCCAAGGUGCACAGGUAUCAACUCCAACAUUUGGGGGUCAACAAGGGGGUAGUAGGGUCAUGCCUUUUGCACCUACAAAUGAUGCCGAGUCAGGCGGUAACUCAGGGAAUCUACAAUCUAUAUCUGCCAUGCCUGCAUACAAAGAAAAAAACCAGGAGGAGCUUAGGUGGGAGGACUACCAGCGAGGAGAUAAAGGUGGACAACUUCCUGCUGGUCAAUCUCUUGGAGGUACUGGAUUUGGAGUAACAACUUCUCAGCCAAGUACAUUCUCUCCUUCACCAACGUUUGGCCAGACACCUGCAAAUCCAGCAAACCCUUUUGCACAGAAGACUCAAACAACUACCCCAAAUUUUUCCUCACCGUUUGGUCCACCCACUACCCCAUCAUUUGGUCCACCCACUACUCCAUCCUUUGGUCAACCCACUACCCCAUCCUUUAGUCAAACCACUACCCCAUCCUUUGGUCAAUCCACUGCCCCAUCCUUUGGUCAACCCACUACCCCAUCCAUGUUUGGGUCAACUGCAUCAAAUACCAUAUCCCUUUUUGGAUCAUCCUCCAGUUUUGCAACAAACACAUCGCAGCCAUUUGGUUCAGCUCCUGCACAUGGGUCAAAUUCAACAUUUAGCAUUGGUGGAAAUUUUAACAAUCAGUCAUCUCCGCUGUUUGGUCCAAACCCCUCUGGGCAGAAUACAACUCCUGCAUUCCCACACACUAAUCCUGUGUUUGGACAGAAUACCAAUCCUACAAAUGGACAGAGUAACAUUUUCAGCUCACCUUCCACUGGCGCAGCGAACCUGUUUUCAAGCUCUUCAUCCCCAACUACAAACAUCUCUCCCUUUGGUCAAAUAACGCCUCCUGUUUCGGCUUACCAAUCAGUUCAGCCAACUCAACCAUCAGGUGCUCUUGGUUUCAACAACUUUGGUCAAACACAAACAGGUGGAAUGGGAAAUUUUAGCCAAGGCAAUUUUAAGCAAGGACCUGCAUUGGGUAACUCUGCUGUUAUGCAACCAAGUCCUGUUACAAACCCCUUUGGAACGCUUCCUGCUUUGCCUCAGAUUUCAAUUGGUCAAGGUGGAAAUUCACCUUCGAUUCAGUCUGGAAUCUCCAGCAUGCCUGUUGUUGAUAAGCCUGCUCCUGUUAGAGUAUCACCACUCCUGACUUCUCGACACCUUUUCCAAAGGCGGGUCAGGCUACCUACAAGAAAGUACCGUCCUGGUGAUGAUGGUCCAAAGGUUCCAUUCUUCAGUGAUGAAGAGAAUUCCAGUACACCAAAGGCUGAUGCCUUUUUCAUUCCAAGGGAAAACCCUAGAGCACUAUUUAUACGCCCAGUUGAAAGGGUAAAAUCAGAACAUCCAAAGGAUGACCCGACCCCACUGCAGGAGAACGGUAAGAAGUCGAAUGGGGUUACUAAUGGAGCCCACCAUGAGAACAAGAAUGACGGUGAAACUUGUGAGGCUCCUCCGGUUAAAGCCAAUCAGAAACCGAACGGGACACAUGAAAAUGACAGAGGCGACAAAAACAGUUCAUACAGUUCACCAAGUGGAGCAGAUAUCGAGUCAUUGAUGCCAAAGCUGCAUCACGCUGAAUAUUUCACAGAGCCUCGGAUCCAAGAACUGGCUGCAAAAGAAAGGAUUGAUCCUGGUCAUUGCAAGCGGGUAAAGGACUUUGUUGUUGGGAGACAUGGUUACGGGAGUAUAAAGUUUCUAGGAGAGACAGAUGUGUGUAGACUCGACUUGGAAAUGGUGGUUCAGUUCAAAAACCGAGAAGUGAAUGUGUACAUGGACGAGAGCAAAAAACCGCCAGUGGGUCAAGGAUUGAAUAAGCCUGCGGUAGUAACUUUGCUGAACAUAAAAUGUAUGGACAAGAAGACCGGUACGCAAGUGAAGGAAGGCGCCAGAUUGGACAAGUACAAGGAAAUGCUGAAGAGGAAAGCUGAUGAACAAGGAGCUAAGUUUGUGUCUUAUGAUGCUGUGAAAGGCGAGUGGACGUUCAAAGUGGAGCAUUUUAGUUCCUACAAGCUUGGAGAUGAAGAUGAUGUGUAGAAAGAUCAUAUGUAGACUAGUGUCCUGUUUUUUUUUUUUGUUUUUUUUCUUACUUUUUGGGGUUUGUCUAUUGAUCUGACUUUGUCCUGAUUUUGUCUCACUAAGAAGCAGACAAAAGAAGAAAAGUGCCGUAAAGGAACACAAAACUGGCUUAACCUCUAAAUAUUUACUUGUUUCUUGAUUUCUU